AUGACACUCGUUUCCUCUCCAGCAGACUGCUCUCGACCCAAGAUCUCAGUCGUUUUCAAGGGUGACAGAGUCAUUGUCGAUGGCACCAAGCUAUCAAAACCAUUAAUCAAAAAUGGCAAGACUCCGGUCCGUGGCGGUGAUAUACCACACAACGAUAUCAUAGGCCGGGAAGCCUCCAAGCCCUUCUUUGCGUCUUCAAGCAAAGACAAACUGUUCCGUAUAAGCCGGCCAACCAUCACUCAGUAUAUCUCCCAGACUCCGAGACUGGUCACUCCUAUCUAUUCAGAAUACGCAGAGACCAUCGUCUCCCUCCUCGACAUCCACACCACACCGUUCCGCUCCGAAGACGACGCAAAUGAGACAUUCACAACCCCACCCCUCGAAAUCCUCGAUUCUGGAACUGGCCAUGGCUCCUUAAGCCUACACCUCGCCCGAGCCAUCACAACGGCCAAUCCACCCCCAUUAGACCUCCCAGUCAUCAAACCUGCACCCUCUAAACACCGCACCCAGUCCACCCUGGAGACCACCGAGCCCAACCCCGAAACCCCCGACGACCCAAACCGCGCCUGGACAGAAUGGAAGCGCACACGCCGCGCAGUAAUUCACAGUGUCGAAGCGAUCAGGAAGACGAGCCGACACGCCGAAACCGUGGUUCGUGGCUAUCGGCAAGGCCAAUACUGGCCACACAUUGACUUCCACCAGUCAGACCUGAGCGCAUGGCUGUCGACGCAAACGGCGCAGAGGGACCAUGCCCCGUUCCUGAGCUACGUUUUCCUCGACCUACCCGACGUGCAGGAGCGGCUGAAGGAGUGUUUUCCCGCGAUGCACGACGGCGCGAAAGUGGUGAUUUUCGUGCCCUCCAUCACGCAGGUCAGCGAGUGUGUGAAAAUGAUCAAGAAGGACCGCGACCUGAGGCUGAAUGUCGACACGGUGGUCGAGUUGGGCGAAGGAAUCAGUAAUGGACGCAUCUGGACCGUCAGGGCUGUGACACCAAGGACAAUCGCCAGGGAUGCUGCUGCUGCUGCCUCGCUAGCAACUACCGAACAGCCAGAUCCCACAGAGAUGUCCGAGGCCAGUGCAGAACAGGAGCAAACCGACAUCGAGAUCAUGCCUGACGAGGAGGGUAUCACCACCACAAACACGACAGAUGUCAUUGAUGACACUUUAGACCCGGAGUCCUCCUCUUCCUUAUCAGAUUCACCAACACCCUCCACUCCAUCUCAACACCGAGCCCCACCAGAAACAGUGAUGAUCUGCCGCCCACAGAUCGGCGAGAAGAUCGUGGGCGGCGGCUUCGUCGCUGUCUUCAGCAAGAUGAGCCCGGAGCAGUGGGAGCUGCAGUACCGGUGGAGAGCGACACGGACGGGCGUGCAGAAGAAGAUGCUCCGCGCGUGA